CUAUCCAGAUCCAACCUGCGCACCUGAUACCAUGUUGAAUAUUUGGAUUGCAAAGGGAGCAAGAAAUGUACUGAGAGAGAGAGAGAGAGAGAGAGAGCAGUGAGCCUUAGAUUGUUCUAACAGAAUUCUUACUCUGCAUAAACAUUACAGCAGAGCUUAUAUUCCCUCAUGACUAUUACAUGUUCUCUCUUACAUCAGUAGAUUCAAAUCUAACGGAUUGCAAUAGUAGGCCAAUGUGAGUAUGACACAUGGCAUUACACAGCUGUCCUAACAGCUGGGAAUUCAAAACAGACUCAAGCAAUGCACCUGGCAUAUAAGCACAAGGCACAUAGCUAACACAGAUUAAAAACAGAUUGAAUAUAAACUGACAUAAAACUUAGUAACUAAUCUGAAAUUAGCUAGACAGUUUACAUUUUAACAAGCCUUGUCUUUCUUGACCUCUCCUACAAUAAUCUAACUAGUUUCAUUCCCGAUUUCAUUGGAAACAUGAGCUCUCUUGUGCAUCUGGAUCUCUCUGAUAACCAGAUUGAAGGAGCGAAUCCAAAUUCGUUUGCAAGGCUGUGUAAUUUGCAAACAUUGUGGCUUCAAACAAAUCAUCUGAGUGGACAAUUAUCCAAGUUCGUUCAACUAUUGCCUAGAUGUGCUCAAAACUCAUUAGAGGAUUUGUCUCUCUCUGAGAAUGUUCUUGCGGGGUCAUUAAACAAUCUUACAAGCUUCUCAUCUUUGAAAGCCUUGCAUCUUGAUGCCAAUCAAUUAAGCGGAAAAAUACCUGAAAGUAUUGGGCAAAUGUCGCAACUGGAGGACAUCGAUUUCAGCAUAAACUCUUUGAAAGGGGUGGUUUCAGAAACUCAUUUCUCAAAACUCUCCGAAUUAAAAUAUUUGGAUUUAUCCUUUAACUCGCUGGUUUUAAAUUUCCAUUCUGAUUGGGUUCCUCCCUUCCAGUUGAGUGACAUAAAUUUGGCGUCCUGCAAGGUCGGUCCUCUUUUCCCAAAAUGGCUUCAAACUCAAAAUGAUUCUUCCCAGCUUGAUAUUUCGAAUGCUGGAAUUUCUGAUGUCCUUCCAAGUUGGUUUUGGAGAAAUUUUCAUCGCGCAUACGUUAUUAAUCUCUCACAGAACCUAAUCAGAGGAAUAUUUUCAAAUUUGGUAGUGAAGUUUACAGACCUAGCGUUAGAUCCAAAUUAUCCCUUAACUCGAGCACAAGCCUCACAUCUGGAUCUCUCUAAUAAUAACAUUUCAGGGUCGCUUUGUCCAGAUAUGAAAUUAACAUAUGUUAAUCUUUCAAGCAACAGUUUUUUUGGAGAACUUCCAGAUUGCUGGAGCGAUUUGGAUACUCUAGUCAUGCUUGAUUUGAGUAACAACUCUUUUUCCGGAAAACUUCCCAUGACAAUAGGCUCUUUAUUUCAAAUGCAAACUUUGAAAUUAAGAAGCAACCGAUUUGUUGGAGAAUUGCCUUCAUCGUUGAAGAACUGCGCAAGUUUAGAAGUUAUUGAUCUGGGAGAUAAUAAAUUAUCAGGACCAAUACCUACAUGGUUAGGUGUGAGCUUCAAGAAUUUGGUUAUCCUUAUGCUUUCCACUAAUCACUCUUCAACGGAAGCAUGCCCUCACAAUUAUGCCAUCUAAUACACAUUCAAAUUAUGGAUUUCUCCAUGAACAACAUCUCUGGAAGCAUACCCAAAUGCCUGAACAAUUUGACUACUCUGGCUCAAAAAGGAAAUUCAAUUCUAUCCAGCAGACAUCCUUAUUUUAGAUUUACACAUAGGCCUGAUUAUCAAAAAAAAUAUAUUAAUUAUGAGGAUGAUGCAAGCUUCAUCUGGAAAGGAAUAAUGCGGAAUUACAAAAGCACUUUGGGCCUUGUGAAGAGAAUUGAUCUCUCAAGCAAUAGAUUAACAGGAGAGAUUCCAAGUGAAAUCAUUCAUCUCGUUGAGUUGAGUUCUUUAAACCUUUCAAGAAACCGGUUAACUAGUCAAAUAACUCCAGAGAUUGAAAAAUUGCAGUCAUUGGAUUCUCUUGAUUUGUCAAGAAACCAGAUAGAUGGAAGAAUUCCGACAAGCCUUGCUCGGAUAGAUCGUCUUAGUUUCUUGGACUUGUCAUAUAACAACUUGUGUGGCAAAAUACCAACAGACACUCAGCUCCAAAGCUUUGAUCCCCUUGAUUAUGCUGAAAAUCCUCAACUCUGUGGCCCUCCACUUAAAAAGAUGUGUGCUGAUCAAAAUGAGCCAACUGACUUGAGCAAUGAAGAGGAUAAGGAUGAGUUUAUAACACAGGGAUUUUACAUCAGCAUGGAGAUUGGGUUUGUUGCUGGACUUUGGGGACUUUGCGGCACUUUGAUAUUCAACAGGACAUGGAGAUACACAUACUUCAAGUUCUUGAAUGAUUUAAAUGAUUGACUUUAUGUGAGGACAGCUUUGAUCAAGCGGCAACUAAAGCUAGCACAUGCUUAAUGGAUAAGCUCGCGGAGCAUCUAAAUUAGGAGAAAAGUAGCUAUAGCUGAAUGCCUCCUUUUAGUUCAAGUGUGGAAGAUUGCCAGUAAGUGCACGCACAUCUGGAGAAGAGUUUCCAAGUUAAUUUGGAGUGCUUAGUAGGAAUAAAUAUGAUUUAUAUUGGUGUUAAUUACUUGUCAGAACAAUUAAUUCGGAGUUCUCCGAUUUAUGUUUUUUAUUUGAUUGAGAGAAAUAAA